GGAAUGAAACGAGAGAAAACUCAGUGGAAGGAUUUUCUAGAGACUAUCAGUGUGCUGCAAUGGGUGCUAUCCUUCCUCCUCCUUGGAGUGUCCUGCAUGAUAUUGCUGGCGUCUCUCAUGUUUACUUCUCUGUGGCCGAUCGCCACAUUGUACUUCAUAUGGCUGGCGAGGGACUGGCAAACGCCUGAAAAAGGGGGCAGAAGAACAACAUAUGUCAGGAAGUGGAGGGUAUGGGAGCACCUCAGAGACUAUUUUCCAAUCAAGCUGGUGAAAACGGCCGAGCUGAAUCCAAACAAGAACUAUAUCCUAGGCUGUCACCCACAUGGCAUCAUGAGCGCUGGAGCCUUCACCUGUUUCAGCACAGACAGCUGCGGCUUUCCUGAGAUGUUUCCUGGGAUUCGACCCACCCUCGCUAUAUUGGCUGGCCUCUUCAAGAUACCUCUCUUCAGGGAUUACAUAAUGAGUGCAGGCCUUUGUCCAGUAAGCAAGCCCAGCCUCAUGCACCUCCUUUCACAGAGCGGCAAAGGCAAUGCAGUGGUGAUCGUGAUUGGAGGUGCUGCAGAGUCUCUGGCGUCGUCUCCUGGAGUCAACACGGUGGUCAUGAAGGAGAGAAAGGGAUUUGUCAGAGUGGCCCUUGAGUUUGGGGCUGACCUGGUGCCUGUUUACUCGUUUGGGGAGAAUGAACUCUUUCGCCAAGUGAUUUUCUCAGAGGGCAGUGUAGGUCGCAAGUUACAGGACCUGUUUAAAAAGAUCAUGGGUUUUGCUCCGUGUUUGUUUGUGGGUGAGCGCCUGGCAUGGCUGCCCUACAGGACCCCUAUCACUGCUGUUGUGGGAAGUCCUAUCUCAGUGCCAAAGCGGGCUUUACCUACAGAGGAGGAGGUGGACCACUUCCAUGGCCUUUAUAUGGAGGCCCUGGCAAAGUUAUUCCAUGAACACAAGGCCAGCUGUGGACUCUCUGAAAGUCAUGAGCUUCGGAUCAUUUAG